AUGUCACACCCCGAAGAAGUGGACGACGACCUCCUCGACCUCGAAGACGCCGCCGAGGAGAUUGAAAACUCGGCCGACGACAUCGCAAUGGACUCGGACGCCGAGGACGAGGGAGGAGAAGAAGACGAAGACGAAGAGGUGCUCCUGCAAAACGACUCCAUCGCCUACUUCGACCUCCCGCCAGACUCCCUCUUCACCAUCGCCCAGCACCCCGUGCACCCCUCUCUCGUCGCAGUGGGCGGCUCGGCAGGGCCCCAAGAGGACGCCCCCGGCGCAGGAUGGCUCCUGGAUACGUCGGCCGCCGCGUCACGGCCCGUCCUGCCCGCCAGCUACGCCAGCAACCCCGCCGAGACGCCCAAGAGCACACAGCUCGACAGCCUGUUCGCCCUCGAGGGCCACACCGACUCCAUCAACACACUCGCCUGGACGCUGCCCCGCGGCGAGUUCCUCGUGAGCGGCGGGCUGGACGGCCGCGUGAAGGUGUGGAAGGCCGACACGCGCCCCGGCGCCGUGGAGAUGACGCCGGUAGGCGACGCCCAGGAGGUCGAGGAAGUAAACUGGAUCUCGCCGUGUCCCUCGCCAAACCACCAGAACACGGUCGCGCUCGGCGCGUCCGACGGCUCAGUAUGGGUGUACACCAUCGACGCCUCGGACGCCUCGAACCCCCUACAAAUCGUGCAGAGCUACUUCCUGCACACGGCGCCCUGCACCGCCGGCGCCUGGACGCCAGACGGACACCUGCUGGCGACCGUGUCCGAAGACUCGUCCCUCUACGUCUGGGACGUCUGGGGCGACGCGGCCGCGCGCAACGUCACCGGCGAGAACGGCAUGACGGUGGUCUCCCUGACAGGCGAGGACCAGCGCUUCGAGGUCGACGGCGGGCUGUACUCCAUCGUCAUCGACCCCAAGGGAUCCUUCGUCGCGACCGGCGGCGCGGGCGGCGCCGUGAAAGUCGUCUCGCUGCCGCGUCUGUCGGCCGCGGAUGCUACCGCCGGCGGACAGAUCCUGGCGUCGCUGCACACGCAGGGCGACAGCGUAGAGUCGCUCGCCGUGUCACUGACGGCCACCACUCCGCCGACGACGCUCUUGGCGGCCGGGUCCGUCGACGGGUCCAUCUGCGUGUACGACGCGGCGCGGCGCUUCGCUGUGCGGCGCCACAUUGCCGCCGCGCACGAGGACCAUUCCGUCGUCAGGCUGGAGUUUGUGAAGAAUACCUGGUUGUUGACGAGCUGCGGCAUGGACGGCGUCGUCCGCAGAUGGGACUUGAGAAGCGGUGGCGCCACGGAUCGAGGUCUUGUCAACGAGUGGAAGGGCCACAGGGGCGGCGGCGAGGGCGGCGGCGUCAUGGGCUUCGUGCAGGGCGAGACGGGCGAGAGGGUCGUCACGGCGGGUGACGAUGGCGUGGUUCUUGUUUUCGAGGCGUAA